GGUUGCUACAUGUAUGUUUACAGUACUUGCAAGUCCAGCUUCCGAGAGUACUGGCGCUGUCGUGACUUCGGAGAUCGAGCAAAACACAAGAUCGCAAAGAUCAAGUCCCGCGGACAAGCCACUAGCUAGGAUCCGAAGCAAGCGUCCAUUCGUGGACACCAAGUUCACGCUCCUUGUAGGCUCGAGACGGAAAGUAGUCAUAAAGUUUGCUUUGCUUUCUUAACACAUUACCACCAUCGGAUAGAUUCCCAUCAUAAUCAUGUCGCCCGCAACUAUUGCUAAGAAUGGCGGAUACGUUCGCCUUACAGCCGAGGAUGAUCCCGCUGGCUCCGAUUGUGGUCCAACCGAGAAGAAGGACUUUCACUUUCCCAUCUUUACGGUUCUGUCGGUUCUACUUGUGCUGGUGGGAGGAACAACAAUGAUCCAUCAUUGCGCCACUAGCAGGCAUGGCUCCUUCGGCAGUUGUUCCGGCGAAGGCGCCUGUGAAGGCAACACCGGAACCAUUGGAUUCGGUGCCUGCAAUGGAGAACACGCUUGUCGCUUCAAUUCCGCAAGUAUCUCUUGGGGCGCUUGCAAUGGUGAUGGAGCUUGUGGCUCCAACCAAGGACCCGUCAAACAGUUUUCCUGCAAUGGCGAUGAAGCCUGCAGCGGCAAUAGCGCCCCCGCGAUCAUGUGGGGAUCGUGCAACGGCGACGCUGCUUGUCAGAAUAAUAGCGGACAGAUCGAGAAAGCAUCUUGCAAUGGUGACAAUGCAUGCCACGGAAAUUCCGACCAUAUUGGUCCUGGAAUGUGCAAUGGUGAUAAUACGUGUCCCGGAAACAGCACCACGGUGGAGACUUGAAUGAAUGAACGACAAAAAUGCUGAAUUAUGAAUUGAAUCGAUGGUUUGAGCUACGCUGUGUGCUCCCUUCCAAGUUUAAAAGCUUACCAGGUAGAGAGAUCUAGGUGGACAUCAAUGAAGUAGGAAACACUAGAAACAAAAGCAGUAUCACAUAUAUUAGACUCCUCUGAUUUG